UUACGGAUCCAGAAGGACAUGCGAUUAGAAAUAAGGAAUAGACUAGGUGACAUUACUUCUGAACUACACGAAAGAGGUUAUAAAGAUUGGAGUAUGUCAGCUUUAGGAAAUCAAAGAAGACAUAAAGUCAGCGAAGCCGUUAAAAUAUUAAUGAAUCUUGUAAUAAGUGGAAAUAGCCCUUACUUCAAAGUGGAUAUGACCCAUUUUCCCAACAUGUGUCGUUUAAUUGCAUUGUACCAAGCUCUCAAAAACCCAGAUGCAUUUAUAGAGUUGGAUGAUGCUAAAGUCGAGAAUAAAAUUUGUUUAAUAAGAUAUGUAAACGGGAAUGUUAUUAAGUACAGUAAAAUUGGUGAUGAUAUUUUUCGACUUAACAAUAUUGGGAAUCCAUUUCAGCCACUUUCUUUUGAAGUGACUUAUUUGUACCAGAAAUAAG